CGACCGCGCCGAGAGCAUCUUUGUCCCGAUUUCUCUCUGCAGCCUCUCUCACUCGUUCCUGCGCCCACGCGCACGGCGCACCUCUCCCACACAGCCACACCGCCGCCUCCCUUCGCCUCCCCACCCCGCGGAGAGGAGAGCACGGCUAGCCAACCUCCAGCAACCUCCCUCGACGCCUCCCCAAACGUCCGGAUCGAGCCCCAUCCUGCCCCGACAGCGGCCCCCCGAUCGAGCAACUGGUCUUAACGGCGGCGGCGGGAUUUUGUCCUGGGCCGCGACGGGAGGCAAGCUGAAGAGGAGGGAGACGGCGAAGGGAAGAGGAAUUCACUUCGGAAGUCCAUUUGCACUAUGUCCUACACAAACUGUCUGAAGAAACAUCCUACAAGACUCUUCUUUCCAUAUGCCAAUUCCAUCCUCCGAGCAUCUUUGGAGAAAGGCUCCCCACAAAAGUCACUGAUGGACUAUGGCACUAUGCUCAAUUCUACCACAUUUUGCCCUGAUUACAGAACAUAUGGUAUCCUUCUCAGAGCUUGUUUGAAAUAUUCAGACAUCUAUGCUGCGAUGCAAAUUCAUUCACGUCUCACUAAAGUUGGGUUGUUACGUAACCAACAUAUAAUAGCUCCACUUUUGAGGUUGUAUAUUGAUUAUGAUUGCAUGACGGAAGCACGUGAACUGUUUUGGUUAAUGCUGGAGUGGAGCACUGAUCCUUUCCAUGGUAAUUUGAUGCUUACGGGAUUCUUGAAGGGUGGACAGCUAGACAAGGCAUAUCAGAUUUUCAAGAGGAUGCCUGUCAAGGACGUGGUCUCAUGGAAUUCAAUGAUAGCAGGUGCAGUAAGGAGCUCCCACCUGAAAGAUGCAAUGAUUCUUUUUAGCAGGUUGGUCAAUUCAGGUCUUGUGCCUGACGGUUUCUCAUUCUCUUCAGUCCUGUCAGCUUGUGCUCGAGCUGGUGCCCUGUUUUAUGGUGUGUGGGUUCAUCGACUGAUGGCUGAACUGGGGGUGGAAAAGAAUAAUAUUUUAAUCUCAGCACUUGUUGAUAUGUAUGCCAAAUGUGGAAGGAUUGAUGUGUCAGUUGAGAUAUUCAACACAGUUAAGAGAAACCAUGUGCCAAUGUGGAACACAAUGAUUGGAAGCCUGGCAGCACAUGGUCUUGGACAAGAUGUAGUGGUGUUGUUCCACAGGAUGGAACAUGCAGGUGUGGUUCCUGAUGGAGUUACGUUUGUUGCACUAUUGACAGCAUGCAGCCAUUGUGGUAUGGUUGAAGAGGCUCGUCAAUACUUUGAAGCAAUGACUACGAAGUAUUAUAUCACUCCAAAGGUUGAACAUUAUGGUGCAAUGGUGGAUACUUUGUCACGAGCUGGGCUGCUGGACGAAGCAUACAACUUGGUGAGGUCAAUGGUUGUGAAGCCUGAUGCUGUGAUAUGGAGGGCAUUACUUAGUGCUUGUCGUAGGCAUCAUCAGACCAAAUUAGGUGAGAUCACCAUUGAGCAGAUGGUGUGUCAGGGCAGUGGUGAUUAUACCCUUCUUUCAAAUAUCUACUCAUCAAUAAACAGGUGGGUUGAUUCAGAGAAUGUAUGGAAAGAGAGGAAGAAAAAGAAAGUAAGAAAGAACAAGGGAUUGAGCUGGGUUGAGUUAGGGGGAAGCACCCAUGAAUUCAAAGCUGGUGAUCGAUCUCAUCCUGAUACUGAUGAUAUUUACAGAGUGCUGCAUGGCUUAUCUAAAAAAGCGAAGGCUGAAGGGUAUAGUCCAUCUACUGAAUUAGUAAUGAAAGAUGUCUCACAUGAGGAAAGAGAAGAAAACCUCACCUUCCACAGUGAGAAGCUUGCAGUGGCUUAUAGUGUCCUUAAGACUGGUCCCGGGACAGAAAUAAUGGUGUCAAAGAAUCUGCAGACUUGUGGUGACUGUCAUGAAUGGAUAAAGAUAAUCUCAAAGGUACUUUGUCGUGUUAUAAUUAUGAGGGAUAGAGCUCGAUUUCACCGUUUUGAAAGCGGGUGCUGCUCCUGUAAAGAUUACUGGACAAACAAUAUCUUUGAUGCCCUAUUUACUCCAUUUGUACAAUGUCCUUAUAUUCUAUAUGCUCACCUGAAAUCACUUCAGUGCUACAAUAUCGAGGAAAAGGUUUCUGGAGUCAAGCCUGAAUGCCCUGCAACUAUCCUUGUUUUUGAUAUCGAAACUACUGGAUUUUCACGCCGUGGUGACAGAAUUAUUGAGUUCGCCGUUCGUGAUCUUGCUGGUGGAAAGAAUAGCACUUUCCAGACCCUAAUAAACCCCGAGAGAGUGAUACCUAAUACACAUAUUCAUGGUAUUAGCACCAACAUGGUCUGCAGAUCUGAUAUCCCAAGAUUUGGGGAGUUUAUCCCCAUUUUACUACAAUAUGUUUUGAGUCGUCAAAUGGCUGGUAAACCAGUUCUGUGGGUUGCUCAUAAUGGGAAAACCUUUGAUGUGCCCUUUCUUAUCUGUGAGUUCCAACGGUGUAAAAUGGAGAUGCCUGGUGACUGGCUGUUUGUAGACACACUUCCUAUUGCAAGACAGUUGGUUGAUGGAAAAACAAAAGGUGCUGCGACAUUGAAGACUCUGACAGAGCGCUACAAGAUCCCAGUCAAUGGGGACGCACACCGUGCAAUGCAGGAUGUGACCGCCCUGUGUUAUGUUCUCCAGAAGUUAACGUUGGAGCUGAAAAUAACUGUUCCCCAGCUCCUUGAGAACUCAUUCCGGGUCUCUGAUGUUGCAACGACCCCUGCUAAAAAAUGACUGCAACCGCCUCACAGGAACAAUCUCCUGAAGCUCUAGAUUAUUUGAUUGGUGUUGUAUUACAGAGCUGUCAUUUGCAGUUUACAGCUCUUAUUUAUAUGCUGUUUCAACAACAGAAUAAAAUCCUCCCUGAUUGUUACACUAAUAUUUUAGGCAGUAGUUAAGUGCUCACUCCCAGUAUUACUGAUACUUGCCGGCCCUGUACUGUUGUACACAACAUCUGAACCAUUAUAUGCGCAAUGAAUUAUUAGUAGUUGCAAAA